GAGCCCCAAAUCCAUAGUGACUGGAAAUCAGUGGCUUUGGGCUUACUCAGGAGGCUGCUUGCAGCAGUUGCUGGCCAGAACACCCGACAGGGUUGUUUCUGAGCUUUGCGUCUGUGACUGGGGCUACUGCACAAGCUUGCUGUGCAGUAGGGCACACUUGCUGCUUUGGACCUCGGUGGCCCGGCCUCUCCCUGGCGCUCUCAGGCCCGGGAGCGCUCACCUGUCGGUUCCCCGGGCUCUGCGGUCAGGCGCUGAUUCUCGGCUGCGGGGACACCUGUGCGCUCCUGCAUUUAGGGCUCCUUUGCUCUGGUUUCAUCACGCAGGAUGUCACAUUUAGUGCAUAUUAUUCUUUAGCUCUACUUUUCAUUGUAAACAAAAUCAUUUUCUAACCUGCCGUCGUGGCAGGCAGAGUGCAGACCAUUCCCGGCAGGUGUGGACCGCGGUGAGGGCUGAGAGCCAAGGGCGCUGGAACCGCUAGUGUGGCCUGACAGCUUCCUCCAGCUCCUUGGUUUAUUUGCAGACUGGUCUUCCGGCACCACGGCCCCCUGCGACCCUCUCCUGCCUUAGUCCCGUGGGAUCGGGUAGUUCAAGAUUUUGAAUUCAGGGUCUGGUAGACACCGGCAAGUUUGAAAACCUACGGGUCGGAGUGGGGCGGAGCCGUGGGCCCUCUACUCUCUGUCCCCUGCCCCCUCGGAAGCGCGGCCCUCUUCCAGGGGUUGGGACAAGCUGGCCUGGGGACCCGGGGCACCGGCAGGGACCCACCCGCUCUGGCACUGGCUGCGCCCCUCGCGGGGUGACACCGCCCACUUCCGCCUUCCGUGGGCGUGCGCCGAGCAGUCGCAGUCACAGAGCGGAGUUCUUUUGUCCUCCCGGCGUCCCCGUAGUGGCCGUAACCCGAGUGACACGUUUCCUUGGGGGCGUGGAGGAGCGGGGUCGGGGUGGGCCGUCAGCACUUAAAGGGCCCGCCGCUCGGGCGCAGGAGGUGGUGCCUCUGGAGCCAGUGCGGGGCGCGGGAACCCGAGCAGGACUCUCCGCUCCUCAGUCACCUUGGAGAAAGAAGUGUGGAUCCUCAGAUUCCAUCUUUCCAACUCCAAGACAAGUGGAACUAGAAAAUAAGGUGCCUGUGUCAGUCUCCCCAGCUCUGCUGUGUUGGGCCCUUAAGAUCACCUCACUGAACCCUCACACUGCCUCAUGAUGUUUAUACAGUUAUUAGCUCCGUUUUACAGAGGUAGAAACUGAGGCCAAGAGGCUAAUUUCCAAAGCCUAACGCCAGAAAGUGAUAGUAUCCAGACUUGCCCCAGGGCUGACUUCUGAGCCAGCCUGGUACCUACGGCACACUGCUGCCUCCUUCCAAAGUGAGCAUAGGGGACAGGAUUCCAGUGGGAAGGAAGCUCUGAGCGGGCAGCCCAAGCCACCUCUGAGACUCUGUAUCCUGGGCCAGGUGCCAUGGCAGAGAAGGUGCUGGUAACAGGUGGCGCUGGCUACAUUGGCAGCCACACGGUGCUGGAGCUGCUGGAGGCCGGCUACUUGCCCGUGGUCAUCGACAACUUCCAUAACGCCUUCCGUGGAGGGGGCUCCCUGCCUGAGAGCCUGCGGCGGGUCCAGAAGCUGGCAGGCCGCUCUGUGGAGUUUGAGGAGAUGGAUAUUUUGGACCAGGGAGCCCUACAGCGUCUCUUCAAAAAGCACAGCUUUAUGGCGGUCAUCCACUUUGCGGGGCUCAAGGCUGUGGGCGAGUCGGUGCAGAAGCCUCUGGAUUAUUACAGAGUUAACCUGACUGGGACCAUCCAGCUUCUGGAGAUCAUGAAGGCCCAUGGGGUGAAGAACCUAGUGUUCAGCAGCUCAGCCACUGUGUAUGGGAAACCCCAGUACCUGCCUCUGGACGAGGCCCACCCCACGGGUGGCUGUACCAACCCUUACGGCAAGUCCAAGUUCUUCAUCGAGGAAAUGAUCCGGGACCUGUGCCAGGCAGACAAGACCUGGAACGCAGUGCUGCUGCGCUAUUUCAACCCCACAGGUGCCCAUGCCUCUGGCUGCAUCGGCGAGGAUCCCCAGGGCAUACCCAACAACCUCAUGCCUUAUGUCUCCCAGGUGGCGAUCGGGCGACGGGAGGCCCUGAAUGUCUUUGGCAAUGACUAUGAUACAGAGGAUGGCACAGGCGUCCGGGAUUACAUCCAUGUCGUGGAUCUGGCCAAGGGCCACAUUGCAGCCUUGAGGAAGCUGAAAGAGCAGUGUGGCUGCCGGGUAGGACAAGAAGGGAGAAAUGAGGGAGGGGAGGGACCAGAUCCAGGCAGAGAGGCCCAGAGGGGUGGUCAGUCCAGCUCCUUCCAUAAACCCUGUUCUCUGCGGGGCAGAUCUACAACCUGGGCACGGGCACAGGCUAUUCAGUGCUGCAGAUGGUCCAAGCUAUGGAGAAGGCCUCUGGGAAGAAGAUCCCGUACAAGGUGGUGGCACGGCGGGAAGGUGAUGUGGCAGCCUGUUACGCCAACCCCAGCCUGGCCCACGAGGAGCUGGGGUGGACAGCAGCCUUAGGACUGGACAAGAUGUGUGAGGAUCUGUGGCGCUGGCAGAAGCAGAAUCCUUCAGGCUUUGGCGCGCAGGCCUGAGGACCCUCCCCUACCAAGGACCAGGAAAAGCAGCAGCUGCCUGCCCUCUAGCCUCUGGCAGGAACCCAGGGCCCUGGAGCUGCUGGGGCCAAGUCACGGCCUCCCCUACCUCAAACCCCAGCUGGGCCCGCCCAUCCCACCAGGCAUGAGGCCAAGGGCUCCACUGACCAGGAGGCCGAGGUCUGUAACUCUCAUCUUCCACAGGGUCCAAGAGUUCAUGAGGACCACCAAGAGCGAGUGAGGGGGCAAGGCUCUGGAACAGAACCUCCCCCUCCCAGGGAUUCAUUUAUACUGCUCUGAAAGAGCUUUCCAAAGUAUUUAAAAAUUAAAACAAGUUUUCUUACACUGGG